UGCAUGUUCCCUGCCCUAGAAAAAAAUGGAAAAUGGAGGAGAAGAGGCAAAAUGACUGCAGGAUAGGCACUACGUCAUGUUCGAAAGAUGUUACAUUAUUCAGUUCUUUGCCUGUGCUUUCUCACCAUCUUUCAUGGAAGUGCUCUCUCGUCACCUUUAACAAAGGAUGAGCUGUACUCCAGAAUCGGCAACAAACAUAUGCUGGCGACCAAGGAUACAACUUCCCUGAUAAAUGCCCAAAAACCUAACAUUGAUGAAGAAUAUCUGGCAAGAGACUGCAGGGCUGCUUACCGCAGUGGCAGGAGGCAAAGUGGCCUGUACGUCAUCCGCCCUAAACGUUAUCCUUCACUGGUGGUAGUCUACUGCGAUAUGGAGUAUGAUGGAGGUGGCUGGACGGUCCUCCAUAGAAAUGAUGUCCAUACGGCACUGCAGUCAAACCAAACGACACUGUGGUCAAGCCAAUGGGAUGCUUAUAAGCACGGUUUUGGGGACCUGUUGGGAAACCACUGGCUUGGCAAUGAAUUCAUGUAUCUCUUAACCCGACAGAAUGCCUUCUUUGUGCGAUUUGUCAUAACUGAUGGUAAUGGAAAAACCAAGCACGCUGACUACCAGAGUUUUAGGGUGGACAGUGAAGAAAGUGGAUAUGUUUUGAGGCUAGGGAACUAUACAGGGGAUGCAGGAGAUGCCCUGACCACGGUGGGUGAAUCAGGAAUCCAUGACAACAUGAGGUUUUCUACCCAAGACCGGGAUAAUGACCGGAGGGCCACUACAAAUUGUGCACUGGACAAUGGAGGUGGCUGGUGGUACGAUAACUGCUACUCAGCCCUCCUCACCAGCAGCAGCCACAUUUACUGGAAGGGAUUGUGCACACAGGUUAGCAACUGUAAAGUAGCAUCCAUCAUGAUUAAACCAAAUGGGAAAAAUUGCCACCUACCUUUAAGAUAUUAAUGAAUUGUUGCUUCCUGCUUUAGAGUCUUCCUCUCACUUUAGAUCAGCUCUGGAAACCAACCAACCAACCAACCAACCAACCAACCACACCAAUAUGUUGUUUGUAGAGCUCUAAGAUCUAGGGCAGAAUCCCCCAGGAAUUUCUCCAGGAAAAAUUACAUUAAAAGGAAUGAAAGUUGCCUAAGACUGCAGCAGGGCUGUUUCAUGACAUUUUACUGUCUGAGGCAAAGCAACAAAUCCCACCCACCCCUGGUCAUGAUGUAUAGUAUCCAAGACUGGUCAAGUCAUUUUGGUGCCUGAGGCAAACCUGCCUCCCCCGCAAGUGUCCCUCCCUGGGAGUAAAAAUAGUAACUUAAAUAACUAUUAAUUUGGUCCCUUUUCAAGACACCC